AUGUCGAAUCAGCUUUAUCAAGAUGACACCCCUGCGGACGUAAAGAACGCGAAGGGCCUUCAUCUCAUCACACAGAGUACGCCCAAUGGCCAGAAAGUCCAGAUCUUCUUAGAAGAGUUGGCCGAUGUGUACGGGACGGAGUGGACCACUACCUUGAUCAACAUCUCAACCAACGAGCAGAAAAAGGACUGGUUCCUGCGCCUAAACCCAAAUGGCCGCAUCCCGGUGAUCGUCGACAAUACCGUCUCACCCCCAUUCCCUGUAAUGGAGACAUCAGCUGAACUCCUCUACCUGCUCAAAUUCGACAAGGACAACAAAUUCGGAUUCGCAGACGAGCUUGAUCAAAACGAGCUUGUGCAAUGGCUUUUCUUCUGGCAUGGUAGCGGUGCUCCAUAUCAAGGCAAUCUUGGAUUUUUCAAACGCGCAUCAGAGCAACUUCCUUUUGCCAUUGAGCGAUUCCGCAAAGAAACCUAUCGCGUCUUCGGCGUUCUGGAAAUCAGACUCUCAGGCAAGUAUACUGGCGAGCCGCGUGAGUACUUGGCCGGAAAGGGCAAGGGGAAGUAUUCCAUUGCUGAUAUUGGAACGUGGGCAUGGGUAAAGAACUACACAUUCAGUGGCUAUACUGAAGAGGAAAUGAAGGAGUUGCCACAUUUGGUGAAGUGGGUGGACCGCAUCGCUGAAAGACCGGCUGUGAAGAAAGGAACGGGAGAGAAAUAUAAGAAUAAGUAG